GGAUGUGUAGUGCGUGUCUUCCGCUGUGCACGCAGUCUACCCGGAAUUUUUCUCCGGCUUGGGGACCGACCGUACCGGGGGAAGACAGUAUUUCUCAAGGAAAGGCUAAAAACUCUGGGACAAGAGGGGUGAGCUGGAGAACUGAGCCUGUUGUGUUUUUUGCUGGGGACCACGGACAACCCAGACUUCUAAGCUACGUAACCCGCCAGGAUCCUGUAGAAAAGUUGGCGGGCGUUGAGGGAAGAAUUUGCCGGCAGAAGCUGCAUAUUGGAAUGGAUUUAGAGUCCUCAUAAUGGAAACAGAAUACAUGAAAGCAAGCCAGUUAUUUUUUAUAACAGCACAUUUAGCUUGAGUAUUAGUUGCAGAUGGCUUUCUUUACUGAAGAGAAUUUGUGAUGUAAAUGGAAAGAUAUCUUUUUUCUAGACUCAUCCUUUAUAAAUAUGUUUCGUCUGAGAACUCUUUGUGCAUUCUCCUGGAGAGAGUUUCAUUUUCGAUCCUUCAGUUGUGAACCCUUAAUUAUUCAGAUGAAUAAGUGUACAGAUCAAGAGCAAAUAUUUGAUCUUAUAGAAAGAAACAAAGAGACACUUUCAGAAAAGCAAGUUGAAUGUGCAUUUAAUAAUCUUUGGCAACUUCAAAAGCAGAAGACCAGCUUGUUAAAAAAUGUUGAAUAUGUAGGAGAUCAUCCCCAAUUUUUUACUCUGCAUAAUUUGACUACAAAUAAAAUCAAAUUAAUGAAUGAUGAUACUCUGGUGAAUGUGUUAUACAUCACACAACAGUUCGAUGUUAAGGCCCAUGAUCCAUUAAUUCAAGCACUAGUUACAGAAGCGUGGAAAAGGAUGGAAAGGUUUGAUAUUAAAGUACUAUCCACAUUUUCCACUUGCCUAGCAGAUCAGCGUUUGUAUUUGAGUCCACUAAUGGGAAAAAUAGCUGAUAUUGUAAAUAGGAACUUGGAAACCAUACAGGACUUAAGGUCCUUGUGUGUCUUGAUGGUCAACAUAUCUUCUUUAAUAUCACAACAUUUUCAAGAACAGUUAGUGAAUAAAACAGAGCUUCUUUUUGACAACAUGAGUUCUCCUGAGGUCGACAUUGCAAAAAGAAUAGUACAAUUUCUUCAAAAUGUUAAAUAUAGAUAUUACCCUCUAUUAGAGAGGUGUAAUAAAGUGUUUUUAGAUAACAUGAACCACCUUGAUUUGGAUUCCAUCAGUAAAAUAUUUGAUGAAUAUCAGUUCCUACAGUUUUAUAGUUUUGAAUUUGUUAUAGUGGCUAAAAAGAGGCUAACUGAGAUGAUUCCUCUCUUUGAUAACCCUGCAAGCUUUGUGAAAUUGUUUGUUGCAUUGGGACCAGUGGCAGGACCUGAAGAAAAGAAACAACUUAAAUCAACCAUGCUAUUGAUAUCAGAGGAGCUCACCAGCCAGCAAGCCUUAGCAGUGGUGAAAGCAAUGGAAGAUAUGGAAAGCAGAAAUUCACAUUUGAUUAAAAAAAUUGCUUCAGUUUUGCAUAAACAUUUGGAUAACUAUAAACCAGUAGAGUUACUGAAGAUAACUCAGGCAUUAAUUUUUCUACAUUUUCAAAGUAAAGCGCUUUUUGUGAAACUCAGAGAAUUGCUGCUUAGUUAUUUGAAAGUUAGUGUCAUACCGAGUGAGAUUUCCAUCCUGGUCUAUGCUAUUUCCAUGCUUCCUUCUCCUCACCUUGAUGAAACAUCAGUAUCCCGAAUUGAAGCAGUUUUACCACAGUGUAACCUAUAUGGCUUGAAUGAUUUUGCCACAUCUGUUUUAAGAUGGAUUCAGUAUGAUCACAUGCAUAUGAGUAGCAUUACUGGGAAACAACUGAAACUACUUCAAAAAUUAGAUCACUACAGUCAUCAGAGAUUACAACAAAGCAACAAUUUAGAUCUGUUAUGGGAGGAAGUUAAAUCUUUAAAAGAAGACUGGUUUCGUGAAUCUCUUGUUGAAGAAACAAUUGCAGCUUUACAUCGUUUGAUGGAUGGAAUGAAUUGUAUGAAUGUUUCAAAGAUUGCAUCUUUUAUAUCUAGAACUAACUACCUCAGUACUUUGCUACUUGAUAAGAUAGCCUCAGUGGUUAUUGAGCAGAUUGAAAAGAUCCAUCCUUUUUCAAUUCUUGCUAUUAUUCUUCCAUUCAGCAUUUUGAACUAUGAUCCACCUCAAAGGAAUGAAUUUUUGGGGACAUGCAUGCAAUGCCUUAAUUCUCACUUAGGUACAUUGGAUCCUGUUAUGUUAGUGUUUCUUGGUUUCUCUUUGGCAACCCUUGAAUAUUUUCCAGAAAAUUUGCUAAAGACAAUUUUUAACAUCAAAUUCUUAGCAAGAUUAGAUUCUCAACUUGAAAUUUUACCAUCAUCUCUUCGUUCAAGGGUCCAGUUUCGUCUUAUGGAAUUAAAUAGAGCAGUCCGCUUGGAAUGCCCUGAGUUUCAAAUUCCAUGGUUUCAUGAACGCUUCUGUCAACAACACUAUAAUAAAGAUACUGGCAGCAUGAAUGGAGCACAACUGCAAAUUUAUAAAAUGUUAGCAGAGGUACUAGGAGGAAUCAAUUGUGUAAAAGCCUCUGUUCUUUCGCCUUAUUACCACACAGUAGAUUUUGAGUGUAUCUUGGAUAAAAGAAAAAAACCUCUUCCUUAUGGAAGCCAUAAUAUAACUUUGGGAAAACCACCAGGAAUGUACUGGGAAUCAAAUACCCGAAUAGUUGGAUCAAGUCUUCCACCAGGAGCUGAAAGGAUUGCUUUCGAAUUUUUGGAUUCAAAAGCUUUUUGUAGAAAUGUCCCUCACAUAAAAGGAAAAUCUGCUAUGAAAAAACGACAUUUGGAAAUUUUGGGAUAUCAUGUCAUUCAGAUCCCUCAUUUUGAAUGGAACUCUAUGGCACUGUCACAAAAAGAUGCUCGGUUGGACUACUUGAGAGAACAUAUAUUUGGAGCAGGCAAAUCAUGAUUGUAAUUUUUAUUUAAAAUGAGUUCUUAUGGUGUGUCACAUAUGUAUGUAUUUUAAUUAAGUGGACUGACUCAUUAAAAAAAUAGUAGGUGCAAAUAUGCUGAGGUGGCAGAACAAGUGGGAAGUGGGGUGGGAGUAUGAUAAAAGGAAAGUAAGCAGUAACAGUCAAUAUUCCAACCUCAUAGCCUCUCUUAGUGAGAUGAGAAGCCAUUGGAGGGUUUCAAAUGAGGAAUGAUGAAAACUCACAUUUUAACUGCAUCACACUAGUUGCUCUGUUGAGAUGAGAAAAAAUUACUAAGGAACAAAUGUAUCAGCAGGCAAGAAGUGGAUUGUGACUAUUUAAAGAACAUUUCAAUACUCCAAGCAAGAAAUGGAUGCUGGCUUGGAUAGAGUAGUAGCAGUGAGUGUAAUGAAAAGUGGUUUUCACAAUGUAUUUUGAAAGUAAAGGCAACAGAAUUUGCUCACUGAUGGAUAUGAGGGAAGAGAGAAACAAAAUUCAAUGAUAAUACUAACUUUUUGUCCUGAGCAACCAAAAAAGUAUUGCCAUUAUGGGGAAGUCUAUAGGAUGAGCAAGAUGGGAAGUAGGCAUUGGUGAAGGAUCAUGAGUUUAUUUUAGACAUGUUGAGUUUAUAAUGCUUUUUAACAUCUAAGUGGAGAUAUCAAACAAUUCAGUAAAUGAGUUAGGAAGUAAGGAGAGAGAGUUCCAGGCUCCAGAUACAAAUUUGAAAAUUGUUAUUGGUAUUUAAUACCGCAAGACUAGAGAGUAGAGAAAUGUGUGAGGAGAUACUUGAGGACUAAGCUCCAGAUGGUCCUGCAUUAAGAGCUUAAGAAGAAACAGCAAAGGAGGCUGAGCAGGGGUGGCCAGUGAGGUAAGAAGAAAAGUCAGAGAAGGUAUUAAUGCUUCCUGGAAGCCAAAGAUGAAGCAUUUAAAGGAGGAAGAAGUGAGACAUUAUAUCAAAUACUCUAAUAGAUUAGGUAAAUGGAGCACUGUGAAAUGCCCCUUAAAUCUAACAACAUGAGUCUAAGCCUAAGAAAGGUCCUGGGUUUGCAUUGUCUUCACCCCCAUACAUACAAAAUGGCAACAUAAAAAUCACUAACUUUGAAAAAUGAUUUUUGUUAAGUUGUGUGUGAAAGCCUGUUUUCCAAGAGAAAGUAGGAGGAGACAUUUUCUUCUAAAUGGAAACAAAGAAAUAGUUUGGUAGUUUCAGUGGUCCAAUCUUGGCCUGGUCUGAUCUUUCACAUGCUAAGGUUAUAGUGAUUUUUUUUUCUCUGUAUUUUAACACAUUUACAAUAAAGUAGUUAUGAAGGAUCUACUAUAUUAUAUAAUUCCUAGCACUUCCUUUAGGCCAUGUGGAAUGUUUGAGAUGAGUGAUGGGACUGACCAUCCUAAACUUGGCUAUCUUCUGACUCCUGGACCCUCUAAAUUCAUUCUCUUCUGUAGUUGGUAGCCAAAGUGCCUUCUGUUACAAAUGUAUUUUCUGCAUGUAAUUUGCUUCAUUGAUAUUUGGCUUGGGCUUAGUUGAAAUACAUGUAUAAAAUAUUCCCUGACUUUGCACAACUUGAGUCCCAAUAUAUAAUGAUUUUGCAGAAGUGAACUUCAUAAAGUUUUUUGAAAACCAAUCAGAAUAGUAAGCAAGUAAAAGAUAACUCCUUGUAACCAUUUGUUAUGGUUUAGAUAUGAGGUAUCCCCCCAAAACUCAUAUGUUAAUGCAGGGAUGUUCAGAGGUAAAAUGAUCAGAUUAUGAGAACUAUAACUUAAUCAGUGGAUCGAUCCAUGUGAUGGAUUAAUAAUUUGAACAAACUAACCAGGGGGUAACUAUAGGCAGGUGGGGCAUGCCAUAAGGAAGUAGGUUACCCCAGGCAUGCCUUUAGAGUUUAUAUUUUGUUCCUGAUGGCUCCUUCUCUCUGCUUCCUGGCUGCCAUGAGGUGAGCAACAUUCCUGUGUCACAUUCUUCCACCAUGAUGUUCUAGUUUACCAUGGGCCCAGAGCAAUGGAAUUGGCCAACCAUGAACUGAAACUCUGAAACCAUGAGCCAAAAUAAACUUUUUGUUUUAUUAUAAAGUUGUUCUUGUCAGGUAUUUUGGUCAGAGCAACAACAGAUUGACUAAUCCACCAUUCUUCCUCGUAAAUUUCCUAAUGAUAUUCAUUUAUAGUUACAGACAUACUAAAUUCUAAGUGUUUAAUUUUCCAUUUACAUGAGUGAGUUCUAUUUCUCAAGCAAAGGACAAGAACCAAACCCUGAAUAAAUUAAAAUAUUUUUAUUCUGUAGCUUUUCAAAUAAAAUGAUUAGACUGAUGA